ACGAGUUACUGAUUCUCCUUGUAUUUGUGAAGUUUUAGAGAUAUUAAAUCAUGUUCCCACUUAUGUUCUUUUCCACCCUGCUUUCUUCCACAUUUACUGAACCCAGAGAGCAACACUGGAUCUGCAACUCCUCUGAUGCGAGUGUUUGGUAUAGCUACUGCGAUAACAUGAAAUAUCCUAUUUCAUUAAUGCCUGAACCCUGUAUAACAUUAAAGGGAAGCAAUGGAUAUUUGCAUCUUUUCUUCAUUCCAAGAAGAGACAUUAAAAAGUUGUAUUUCAAUCUGUAUUUAUCUUUUAAUACCUUGGAGUUCCCAAUGCGCAAAGAAGUUAUUUGCCGAGGAUCUGAUGAUGAGUAUUCAUUUUGCAGAGCUCUAAAAGGAGAGACUGUGAAUACAUCAGUGCCAUUCUCCUUCAAGGGGAUACUAUUCUCUAAGGGACGAUACAGAUUUGUUGUGGAAGCCAUCGCAGGGAAUACUGAAGAAAUGCUCUUUUGUUUGAAUUUUACCAUCAUACACUACCCUGAUAUCAAUUAGGAUAAAUCUAGUUUAUUUUUAUUAUUCCAAGAUUUCAUUCUUCACUUAAUAUUUUUUUAUUUUUGCACAGUGUGUUAGUUUGCUAAGGCUGCCAUAACAAAUACCAUGCAAUGGGUGGCCUGAACAAUAGAAAUUUAUUUUCUCACAGCUCUGGUGGCCAAGAACCUGAAACCAGUGCAGGUGGAUUUGGUUCCUUCUGAGGCUUCUCUCUUUAGAUUAUAAUCUUCUCCCUGUGUCUUCACAUGGUCUCCCUGUAUGCGAGUAUAUGUCUUAAUUGCCUCUUCUCAUAAGGACACCAGUCAUAUUAGAUUAGGGCCCAUCUGUAUGACCUUAGUCACCUCUCUAAAGAUCCUGUCUCUAAAUCCAGUCACAUCUGAGGUACUGGCAGUUAGGACUGCAGCAUAAGAAUUUUGGGAGGACAAGUCUACCCAUAACACACAGGUAAUGUAAUCUCUCCCAUUGGUCAACUUUUCUCCAUUUCCUGCCUCUACUCUGGGGCAGGUUACCUGUGUUUCCUCCUGACUGAUCUCCCUGUACCUGGUCAGGUGCCUCAGGUAAUAUAUUCUUCAAAAAGGCAGUAUCAAUACUGCUUUCAAAAUACAGGUCUAGUCAUGUCACUACAAGGCAAAUGGAACAAAACAAAACAAAAACUAACAAGGCUCUUCCUGGGGCUUUUGAUUCAUUUUGGGAUAAAGUUGGAAUCUUCGUGAGGACCUGCCAGGCCUUGCCCAUCCUUUCCCUUUCCAGUUGCUUCUCUCAUCACCUUCUCCUUGCUGUCUGUGUUCCAGAAUGUGCCAUUGUCCCUCCCAUUCCAGAACCUUUGUCCACAUGGUUCCCUCUGCCUCAACUCCACUCCUCCACUCUAUGCCACACUCACCCCUGCGCCUCUGUAAUGCAUGUGGGUCUUUAUCUUGGCUCUGGUGCUACUUAGGGAAUUAUCAGCAGGUAGUGCGGGGUUCACUUCAUACACUUUGAUACAGGGAAGAGGCCAUCCUGAGGAAAAUCGUAGAGAAGUCAUAUAAUGCAGAGCCUUGCUGCCAGCCUCCUGUGGCCCUCUUGGUUCCCCAGGCCCUUUUUCUCCACCUCUAUCUCACCCAGGCAGGGCCAGCUUUCUUUGGGGAUGUGCUUUUGUAGACCUGUAUCCCUUCCUUACAGCACCUAGCACUUAUUUUGUUCUUAUUUCAAUUAUCUAUUGGACUAAGCUCCAUGAGCCCAGUCAGCGUAGUCCAGUUUUGCUCAGCACUCUUGAUCCAGCACCCAGUACAGAAACUGGCUUGAUUUGUACUGAAUCCAUAUUUGUCGAAUGGAUAAAUGAGCAUUUCCUUCUUGUAAAAUAUCCAAACAAUACAAAAUUAUAGAAAGCAAAAUAUUCAUGCAA